AUGUUUUCGUUCCGUACCGUCCUUCUUCUAUUUCUCUUCGCCUUGAUAGCUUUUGUUGGAUCCACUAAUGGAGAAUCAGGUUGUGGUUCAUCUUCGAGCUGGGAAGAACUGCACGACCAAGAGACGCAACGAAGUUUGGACAAUGGGGACAAGUUUAAUAGGAUCACUCUCGAUUGCCAAACUACUAGUGGUGGAGGCAGCCGCGCACACAGCGGUUCUGAGACGAUUAUAGAUAUAUGUGUUGGUCUCUUCUUUCUUAUUUGGGUCGCCAUUGGAAUCUGGUUUGUAUUUGUCAAAAGACAAAAGGCCAUGAACGCAGCCGCUAUCAAUGCAAUCCCCUAUUCAGUGGGAGCUAAAGAGAUGGGCAAUACAAUGGAUGAGAAGACGAAAACAGUUGCCAUGAGUACUACUACUACUACUACUACUACAGGAAAGCUUUCAAGUGGUGACACUAAUGUUUGA